AUGCCUAUGAAACCUGAAGUCGAGCAAGAAUUAGCUCAUGUUUUAUUAACCGAGCUAUUAGCUUAUCAAUUUGCUUCUCCAGUUAGAUGGAUUGAAACACAAGAUGUUUUCUUAAAGGAUAUGAAAACCGAGAGAGUUGUUGAAAUCGGUCCUUCUCCAACCUUAUCUGGUAUGGCGCAAAGAACUAUUAAAAAUAAAUAUGAAUCUUUUGAUGCCGCUUUAUCUUUGCAGAGAGAGGUUUUAUGUUACUCCAAAGACGCCAAAGAAAUUUACUACACACCAGAUCCAUCUGAAUUAGCUACUGAUGCUGCGGAACCAAGCGGUGCUCCUGCUGCUGCUGCCGCCGCCGCCGCCGCUCCUGUUGCUGCUGCCGCUCCCGUUGCUGCUGCUCCUGUUGCUGCUGCUGCUCCCGUUGCUGCUGCUGCUGAAUUGCCAGAUGAGCCUGUUAAGGCUAGUUUGUUGGUCCAUGUCUUGGUUGCACAAAAAUUAAAAAAACCAUUGGAUCAAGUUUCUACUUCCAAAGCUAUAAAGGAUUUGGUUGGCGGUAAAUCCACCGUUCAAAAUGAAAUAUUGGGUGAUUUAGGUAAAGAAUUUGGUUCUACCCCAGAAAAACCAGAAGAAAUUCCUUUAGCAGAACUCUCUGAAUCUAUGCAAGAUUCAUUUAAUGGACAAUUGGGUAAGCAAUCCAGUUCUUUGAUCUCUAGGUUGAUUUCUUCUAAGAUGCCUGGUGGUUUUACUGUUACUGUAGCCAGGAAAUAUUUACAAUCUAGAUGGGGUUUGCCAGCUGGUAGACAAGAUUCUGUUUUGUUAAUUGCUUUGACCAACGAACCAGCUUCCCGUCUGGGCUCUGAGGCUGAUGCUAAAAGUUUCUGGGAUUCUAUGGCACAAAAGUAUGCAUCUAUUGCUGGGGUUGAUUUGAAUGCCGCUUCUGCCUCAUCUGGUGCCGGAGCUGGUGGUGCUAGUGGUGGUGCCGGUGGUGCUACCAUUGACGCUGCUGCAUUUGACGAAUUGACUAAAGAUCAAAAAGUUUUGGCUCGUCAACAGUUGGAAUGUUUGGCUCGUUAUUUGAAAAUUGAUCUAAAUAAUAGUGAAAGAAAAUUUUUAAAAGAAAAGGACAAUUUAGUUGCUUUACAAGCCCAAUUGGAUUUCUUAAGUGAAGAAUUAGGCGAGUAUUUUGUCAAUGGGGUUAACACUAAGUUUUCCAGAAAGAAAGCCAGAGUUUUUGACUCCUCCUGGAAUUGGGCUAGACAAUCUUUGUUGACCAUGUAUUUUGAAAUUAUUCACGGUGUUUUAAAGAAUGUUGACAGAGAAUUGGUUAGCGAAGCUAUUAACAUUAUGAAUAGGUCAAAUGAAACUUUAAUCAAGUUCAUGGAAUAUCACAUCUCCCAUACUGAUGAGGAAAAGGGUGAAAAUUACAGACUUGCCAAGACUUUGGGUGAACAAUUGAUUGAGAAUUGUAAACAAGUCUUGGAUUUGGAUCCUGUCUUUAAAGAUAUUUCCAAGCCAACUGGACCAAAUACUACCAUCGACAAGAAUGGUAACAUUGAAUACAAAGAGAUACCAAGAGAAAAGGUUAGAAAAUUUUCGCAGUAUGUUCAAGAGAUGGCUUUGGGUGGUCCAAUCACUAAGCAAGCACAACCAACUAUCCAAGACGAUUUGACUCGUGUUUAUAAGGCUAUUUCUUCUCAAGUUAAUGAGCAUGGUAUUUCUGAGAAAACCAAAUUGGAAUUUGAAAAGUUGUAUGGUGAAUUAACCAAAUUUUUAAAAGCCUCUGAUGAAAUCAACACUACAGCUUCUACCACUGUUGUAGGCGAAGACGAUUCCUUGGAUACUGAUUCAACCAAAGAAGUUGCAUCGUUAUCAAACAAAUCAUCCAUCAAGACUGGUGUUUCUGCUACUAUUCCAAGAGAAACCAUCCCAUUCUUGCACUUAAAGAAGAAGGCCAAAUCAGGUGAAUGGAUAUACGAUCGUUUAAUGACUCGUUCCUUCUUGGAUGGUUUAGAAAAAGCUGCUGUUAACGGUGUUACCUUUAAAGACAAGUAUGUUUUAAUUACUGGUGCUGGUAUUGGUUCUAUUGGUGCUGGUAUUUUACAAGGUUUGUUGCAAGGUGGUGCAAAAGUCAUAGUUACCACCAACUCCUUCAACAAAAAGACCACCGACCACUUCCAAGCUUUGUAUGCUCAAUGGGGUGCCAGAGGCUCUACUAUGGUUUUAGUUCCAUUCAAUCAAGGUUCUAGACAAGAUUGCGAAGCUUUGAUUAAUUAUAUUUAUGAUGAUGAAAAGAAAGGUGGUUUAGGUUGGGAUUUGGAUGCUGUCAUUCCUUUUGCUGCUAUCCCAGAAAAUGGUAUUGAGUUAGAAAACAUUGACUCUAAGUCUGAAUUUGCCCACAGAAUCAUGAUGACCAACAUUUUAAGAAUGAUGGGGCAUGUUAAGAAACAAAAGACUUCUAGAGGUAUUGAAACUAGACCAGCCCAAGUCAUUUUGCCAUUAUCUCCUAACCAUGGUACUUUUGGUGGUGAUGGUUUGUAUUCCGAAUCGAAGCUGUCAUUGGAAACUUUAUUUAACAGAUGGCACUCUGAAAGUUGGGGUAACCAAUUGACUAUUUGUGGUGCUGUUAUUGGUUGGACUAGAGGUACUGGUUUGAUGUCUGCUAAUAAUAUCAUUGCUGAAGGUAUUGAAAAAAUGGGUGUUCGUACCUUUUCACAAAAGGAAAUGGCAUUCAACUUGUUAGGGUUAUUGAUUCCAGAAGUUGUUGAAUUGUGUCAAACUGCUCCUGUCAUGGCUGAUUUGAAUGGUGGUUUGCAAUUCUUGGAAAACUUGAAGGAAUUUACCUCGAAAUUACGUACUGAUUUGUAUGAAACCUCUGAUGUUAGAAAGGCUGUAUCUAUUGAAACCGCCAUGGAACACAAGGUUGUAACUGGUAAGAAUGCUGAUGCUGGUUAUGCCAAGUUUGAGGUUCAACCAAAGGCUAAUAUUCAAUUGAAUUUCCCAACUUUGAAGCCAUAUAACGAAGUCAAAGAGCUUUCUCCAUAUUUGGAAGGCAUGCUAGAUUUAGAAAAAGUGGUUGUCGUCACUGGUUUUGCUGAAGUUGGCCCAUGGGGUUCUUCAAGAACCAGAUGGGAAAUGGAAGCCUUUGGUGAGUUUUCCUUGGAAGGUUGUGUGGAAAUGUCUUGGAUUAUGGGUUUAAUUAAGUACCACAAUGGCAAACUAAAGGGACGUCCUUACACUGGUUGGGUUGAUGCUAAGACCAACGAACCUGUUGAAGAUAAGGAUGUCAAGGCCAAAUAUGAGAGUUACAUUUUAGAACAUACUGGUAUCAGAUUGAUUGAGCCAGAAUUGUUUGAUGGAUACGAUCCAAAGAAAAAGCAUAUGAUUCAAGAAGUUGUUAUUGAGGAGGAUUUGGAACCAUUUGAAACUUCUAAAGAAACCGCUUUACAGUUUAAACAUGAGCAUGGUGAAAAGGCUGAUGUUUUUGAAAUUCCAGAAACUGGUGAAUAUAGUGUUAAGUUGUUGAAGGGAGCCACUUUAUACAUUCCAAAGGCUCUAAAAUUUGAUCGUUUGGUUGCUGGCCAGAUUCCAACUGGUUGGGAUGCUAAAACUUAUGGUAUUUCUGAUGAUACCAUUUCUCAAGUCGAUCCAAUUACUUUGUUUGUUUUGGUUUCUGUCGCUGAAGCUUUUAUUUCUUCUGGUAUUACCGAUCCAUACGAAAUGUACAAAUAUGUUCACGUUUCCCAAGUUGGUAACUGUUCCGGUUCUGGUAUGGGUGGUGUUUCUGCUCUACGUGGUAUGUUCAAAGACCGUUACAAGGAUGAACCUGUUCAAAAUGAUAUUUUACAAGAGUCCUUUAUCAACACUAUGUCUGCCUGGGUUAACAUGUUGUUAAUCUCCUCUUCAGGUCCAAUUAAGACACCUGUUGGUGCUUGUGCUACUGCUGUUGAAUCUAUGGAUAUUGGUUUUGAGACUAUUGUCUCUGGAAAGGCCAAGAUCUGUAUUGUUGGUGGUUAUGAUGAUUUUAGAGAAGAAGGUUCUUACGAGUUUGGUAAUAUGAAGGCUACUUCAAACUCCAUCGAGGAAUUUGAACAUGGUCGUACUCCAUCUGAAAUGUCUAGACCAGCUACCACUACUCGUAAUGGUUUUAUGGAAGCACAAGGUUCUGGUAUCCAAGUUAUUAUGACCGCUGCACUAGCUUUGAAAAUGGGUGUUCCUAUUUACAGUAUUUUGGCCUUUACAGCUACUGCUACUGAUAAGAUUGGUAGAUCUGUUCCAGCACCAGGUAAGGGUAUUUUGACUACUGCCAGGGAAUAUCAAUCAAACUUGAAAUUCCCAACACCAUUGUUGGAUAUGAAAUACAGAAGACGUCAAUUGAAAUCACGUAAGAGCCAGGUUAAAGCAUGGGCGGCCGCUGAAUUUGAGGCUUUGAGGGAUGAAGCUACUGCUAUUCCAGAAAAAGACAGAGCCGAAUACAUUUUGGAGCGUACUGCUGAAAUUGAGCGUGAGUCUGAAGUGCAAGUGAAGGCUGCUCAAACACAAUGGGGUAACGAAUUUUACAAAAAUGAUCCACGUAUUGCUCCAUUGAGGGGCGCUUUAGCUGCAUAUGGUUUGACCAUUGAUGAUUUAGAUGUUGCUUCAUUCCAUGGUACGUCUACUAAGGCCAAUGAUAAGAAUGAGUCUGCAACUCUUAACGACAUGAUGAAGCAUCUAGGAAGAAGUGAAGGUAACCCUGUUAUUGGUGUUUUCCAAAAGUACUUGACUGGUCAUCCAAAGGGUGCUGCUGGUGCUUGGAUGAUGAAUGGUGCCAUUCAAAUUUUGAACAGUGGUAUUGUACCUGGUAACCGUAACGCUGACAACAUUGAUCAAGUUAUGGAACAAUUUGAAUAUGUUUUGUAUCCAUCUCACAGUAUCAAGACCGAUGGUAUUAAGGCCGUUUCUGUUACCUCCUUUGGUUUUGGUCAAAAGGGUGCUCAAGCAGUUGCUGUAAAUCCUAACUAUUUGUACGCUGCUAUUAGUGAAGAGACUUAUCAUAAAUAUGCUGCUAAGGUUGGCGAAAGGGAAAGAAAUGCAUACAAAUACUUCCACAAUGGUAUGAUUACUAAUGGGUUGUUUGUUGCUAAGGAACAUGCUCCUUAUGAUGACGAUUUGGAACAACAUGUCUACUUGGAUCCAUUAGCUCGUGUUUCCUCUAACAAAACCGGUGAAUUGGUUUUCCAUAAGAAACAUAUUCAAGAAUCUGAGGAGUAUAUUAAGAAGUCUACCAAGAAGACUGCACAUGCUGUUUCCGAAUUGAUUGGUGAUAGUAGCAGUACCAAGGGUGUAGGUGUCGAUGUUGAAUUGAUUAGUGAAAUUAACGUUGAAAACCCAGUUUUUAUUGAACGUAACUUUACAGAAAAAGAAAUUUCGUACUGUAAGGAACAGCCAAGCGUACAAGCUUCCUUUGCUGGAACCUGGUCAGCUAAAGAAGCUGUUUUCAAGAGUUUAGGUGUUAAAAGUCAAGGUGCCGGUGCACCUUUGAAGGAAAUUGAAAUUGUUAGAACAUCAGGUACUGGUCCAGAAGUUAUUUUACAUGGUACUGCUAAAGAAUUAGCCACAAAAGCAAAUGUUAAGAGUGUUAAGGUUUCUAUUUCCCAUGAUGAUCUACAAUCAGUUGCUGUUGCAGUAUCUGAAAAAUGA